AUCUUCUAAAUGUAUUCAUGAAUAAGAAAUACUAAAUAUCCAAUGACUUCAUUUUGUUAGCUUUGACUAAUUUUUUUGAAGAAGUCAUCAGUUGUCUAAUUUAUUACAAAAUUUACCAGAAUAAAGCACAUCCACCCAUUACCUCUCCAACAUGGAGGGCAUAAUUAUUUUUAUUGGCUUUUGUUUUUCAAAAAUGAGUACGGGAUAUUUUAACAUGUAGUAGUGAUGUCAUAUAUCUUGCAACUGCAUAUUCUAAUAACAAAUGGAAUUAGUGAUAUUUAGAUAAUUCAUAGUCAUAAAAUGGAAAUUUUUUUAAAAUUUUUAUUUAAUAAUUACUUUAUAUUGACAGAAUCCAUGCUAGGGUAAUUUUUUUACAACAUUAUCCCUUGCACUCAUUUUUGUUCUGAUUUUUCCCCUCCCUCCCUCCAUCCCUCCCCUAGAUGGCAAGCAGUCCUAUAUAUGUUGGAUAUGUUGCAGUAUAUAAUGGAAAGUUUUUUUAAUCAAAAUAUACUUCUUAAAUAAAAUCCAAGCAAAACUACCUACCCAAAGUUAGAAGCAACUUUAAUAGAUUUUGAUGUAAUAUAUAGUCCAUAACAAGCAUGUUUGCCCUUUCCUGCCAUCACUGUUCAUCUUCUAGGCUAAGAACUAUUUAAAAUUUAUUUUGAUUAAGAUUUUAUUAUGUUGAUGUAUUUCUCAUUUCACAUUAUCUUCAGUCAAGCUCUGUAUACUCAAUUCUUUGGCUAAUUUUUGGCAGCUUUAGAAGCAUCUGGAACACUGGUGAUGGAAGAGUUUGCUGUAAAACUUGGAACAACUUCUGUGGCUGCCUACACACAGCAAUGGCAUUUGUCAAGUGGUCAACACCCUUUUCAUAUUCACUUUGGGCUAUAAUUUCUAACCAUGCUGUGUUUCUUGAAGAACUUCUGAAUAGCAUCACAUCUUUAAGGGUCAGGUAACUUGGAAAGUCUAGCUUUCUCUUUAGCAAGCUUCUGUUUCUUUUCUUUGCUCUCAGAACCUCUUCUUGAAGUGAGGGUUGUUCAGUCUGUGGUGGAUUUAGUAGUGGAUAAAGCAAAAUUGUGCCAUUCUGGCCAGUAUGUUUCUAGCUGCUGCCCAUGCUGGAGAUAGUAGCAGCGACGGCACAGUUCCCUGCAGACCCCAAGCCAGGAGACAAUAAUUCGGUUUAUUGAAUCUUUUUAAAUUUUGUUAUGAAGAAAUUUAAUAUUAACAUUUGCCAACUUGCCAUCUCAUUUUUUGUGCUUAAUUUUUUUCUAGUUUUCUUCAUUCAUUUUUGUAAGAUUUUGAAUUCCAAAUUUUUCCUCCUCCCUAAUGCCGAAAAAAGGGAGGUAUAUGUGUAUAGUCCCAUUAAGCAUAUUUUCACAUUAGUCAUGUGAAAGAAGAACGAGAACAAAAGGAAAAUGAGAUGGAAAUAAUAUGCUUUGCUCUAUAUUCAGACUCCAUAUUUCUUUCUCUAGAUGUGGAUAGUAUUCUCCAUCAUGAAUCCUUUGGAACUCUUUUGGAUCACUGUAUUGUUGAAAAGAGCUAAGUUUAUAUCACAUUACUGUUAACUAUGUACAGUGUUCUGGUUCUGCUCACUUCACUCAGCAUCAAGAACUGAAGUAUUUAAAUAGUCAAAGCAUUUAUAAAGAAUUGGACUUCAUUGAACAAAUGCAAGAAAAUGUAUCAGAUUUUCAAAUGGCCAAAAAAUUUGACUAAGGCUUAAAUGUAGUAUCAUACGUAAUGCUCACAUAUCUUGUACAAUUGUAUUCUUUCCUUUGUAAAGGACUUGUAUAAUAAAGCUACUUCCAUAUGUUUUGGCAAAAAGUCCAUAGAAACAGUUCUUCGAUCUGGUUAUAAUUUACAAUUGUUCUCCACAGAAAGUCAUUAUUUCUAUAACAAUUAUUCUACUUUUCAAUGGAUGAAUUUGAUUUUGUAUUGUUUGGGUGGUAAUUGGGAGAAGAGAAUAACAGAAUCUCAAUUUUUUCUUUACAGCAUUGUUGUUGAUAUAUAAAUUGUUCUGCUGGUUCUGCUUAUUUCAUUCUGCAUUAGUUCAUACAAGUGUUCUCACUUUUCUGAUGACAUUAUAACACAAGAGUAUUUAUUCCAUCACAUUUUUAUGACACAAAUUGUUCAGCUAUUCUCCAAGUGAUGGCAGUUUCUUCCAUCUCCAGUUUUUGUUGUUUUUUUUUUUUUUUUUUUUUUUGCUAUCACACCACUUCUUAAAUUCUGUACAAAUUUAGGGAUCUUUGUGCUAUAUUUGGAACAAACUUUUCUUUGUGCUAAAAUGCUCCAUGUUGCAGGUGCUGGCCAUAACCAUCCCCAUUAUUGACAGACCUGACUUCCUAUGUGGCCAGAAUUGGAAAAAUGUCUUACUCAUUUUUUCCCCUUGGAUUUUCCAAUAAAGUCAUUUUUAAUUCUUUAACUAACAGAUUUUUAUUUUCAAAAUAUAUGCAAAGAUAAUUUUCAACAUUCAUUCUUGUUCCAAAUUUUUCUCCUUCCCUUCCCCCAGUUUUCCCCCUAGUUAGCAAGCAAUCCAAUAUAUGUUAAAUAUCCAUACAUAUUUCCAUAUUUAUCAUGCUACACAAAAAUAAUCAGAUCAAAAAGGAAAUAAAUGAGAAAAAAAAUGCAAACAACAAAAAAGGUGAAAAUACUAUGUGGUGAUCCACAUUCAGUCCCUACAGUCCUCUCUCUGGGUGUAGAUGGCUCUCUUCAUCACAAGUCUAGUAGAACUGGCCUGAAUCACCUCAUUAUUAAAAAGAGCUAGGUAUAUUAGAAUUGAUUGUCAUAUAAUAUUGUUGUUGCUGUGUUCAAUGAUCUGAUUCUACUCACUUCACUCAAUAUCAGUUCGUGUAAGUCUCUUCAGGCCUUUUCCUGCUGAUCGUUUCUUGUAGAACAAUAAUAUUAUAACAUUCAUAGAUCAUAACUUACUCGAAUAAAGACUUUUCUAUACCUGAAGAAGUUGUGGGAUAGAAUUUGUCUUUACUACUUCUUGAUACUUGAUACUUUUGUCUACUGUCCAGUCAGGUUCUUUACACUUCUGUCAAACUCACCAUUUCUUGAGUAUUAACUACAAAACAAUUGCCAAAAUAAAGAGACUGAAAAAGCCUCUGUCUCAGCCAAAAAAAUUUAAUUUUCUUAAUAGAAAUAUGUAAUGACCAAAGGGUACACUAUUUUAGAAUAUAAUCAUCUUUGUAAAACAUAUUGAAGGAUAACUAAAGUUUACAAUCACUUUCUUUUUUCAAAUGGAUGACAAGUACAUUUCUACUAAGCCAGAUCAUACCAAAAGCAUUUAUUUAUGGAUAAAAUUUGAAACUGAAUAAUAGAUAUAGAAGGAAGCUUUUUAAGAGAUUUUCCCCCUCCUUUGAUUACAUAAACACAGCGUACACUUAUUUACUUAAGAUUUCGCAAUACAUUUGACACUUUCUUCUGCUCAUCAACAAAAUGGAAUGAUGUUACUAGAUAACUAGUAGAGUCAGGAAGAGAGAAGUGGUUGAAUGGUAGAACUCAAAGGGAUCAAAUGGGUCAAUGACAACUUAAUAGGUCUUUCAUAGAGUUCCCUAGGGAUAUGUGGUUGACACUUUAAAAAAAAAACCCCACUAAUUUGGAUAAUGGGAUAGAUUUUAUGCUUAUUAAAUUUAUGUAUGAUGCAGCUGGGAGAGUUAGCUAAACUUGGAUGACAAUUAGGAUAAUAAUGACAAGGUAGAACAUUUGGUUGAAUUCAUCAAGAUGAGCUCCACCUGGGAAAAAUGGAAAGUUUUGUAUUUUUUUUUUUAAGGGGAAUGUAGCUAAAAAACAGUUUGAAAAGAAAAAAAAAAGCUGUGUUUUAUAGGAUUGCAGCCAAAAAGCUUAUUGAUUUGGAUGAUGGGUCAUCCAGAUUAAGAGAAUGCUGGUGUCCUCUUCCUGGGUCAAUCACCUAGUCAAAGCAUUUGCUAAAUUUAUUAUGUGCCCGAUUCUGAAUUGAAUGCUGAGCAUACAAAUAGGACACAGGAAGUUUUUUUCAUCCGCCUUUGAGGCGAAGCUUGUUCUUUAUAAUUUCACAUUUAUUUUCAUUUAUUUUGCGUUCAUUAUUUCCAUUUACAUAUCAGAAAGGAUUUGCCAAAUGCCAAAGAGUAUCAGAUAUAAUCCUAAAUGAGAGGCAGCACGGUAAAGCAGUGUUCAAGAGCCUGUCUCAAGAAAACCUGACUUCAAGACCAACUUCUGUAACAGCAAUAGGAUUUAUAUAGUGCUUUAAGACACUUUGCAUAUACUAUUUUAUGGGUAAAAACCCGGCGAGAAAAGUUACUUGUUACAUAUAGAAACUGAGACUGAGAGGCUCUAAAUGACUUGCUCACACUUAACGCGGGCAAGCAAGUGUCCACAGAAAGAUCUGAACCGUUCCCCGAUCCGUAGCCUCUUCACUGUGCCCCCUUCCCAGAUCCCUAUCUCACACGCUGUUUCAUGGGUCGGUGCCCCAGAACAAGCCGGAAGAUUAGGAAACCAGGCAGCUCGUGGGACAUCUGGAAAUAAACCUUGGGAAGCUCGGGGAAGAGGAAGCCCUGCCCAGCCGGGCUUUGGAUUUGGAGUCGCAAGACCUGGGCUCUGACCCCGUUAGCCCCUUACUGCCUGUGUGACGUUGGCCCUCAGUUUCCCCAUUUGUAAAGAAGUCCGUAGCGUCAGUGUCCCUUCCAUCACUAUCGGUGAUCCUGUUUAACAACUUCCACCCGCGCUUUCUCCAGUACCUUAAUCCACUCCGACUCACGCCUGCCUCCCACUUACCACCUCUGAAUUGCAAAACGGAGUAAAGGAAAAAUAGAUUCGAGCCCUUGGGGCGGAGGACUUAAGAGAAGGGGGCUGAGAGAAUACAGUUUCCGAGAGGUUGGAGGAAUCACGUGUUCUGGAGGCGGGGCAAGAUCGGGAAUCGCCCGACGUGACGUAAUGUGACGCGACGAAGAACUGGAGGCGGGCCGGACUCCCAAGAUGGCGGCGGUCGCCUGAGCGGCUCGGGCUUGGCUGCGGGGCUCGGACGCUGCGGGCCAAGCACUCGCAGCUCGGGCCAGCCGGGAGGGGUUCAAGCAGGCGCAGGGACUCGAGAAUGGUAAAAUGACUCAGGGGAAAAAGAAGAAGCGGGCUGCGAACCGAAGUAUCAUGCUAGCCAAGAAAAUCAUCAUUAAGGACGGUGGCACGCCUCAAGGAAUAGGUUCACCUAGUGUUUAUCAUGCGGUUAUAGUUAUCUUCUUGGAGUUUUUUGCUUGGGGAUUAUUGACAGCACCUACCUUAGUGGUAUUACAUGAAACCUUCCCCAAACAUACAUUUCUAAUGAAUGGCCUCAUUCAAGGAGUAAAAGGAUUAUUGUCAUUCCUCAGUGCCCCUCUUAUUGGUGCUCUUUCUGAUGUUUGGGGUCGAAAAUCCUUCUUGCUGCUAACAGUAUUUUUCACAUGUGCACCAAUUCCAUUAAUGAAGAUCAGCCCUUGGUGGUACUUUGCUGUUAUCUCAGUUUCUGGCGUUUUUGCUGUAACUUUCUCGGUGGUAUUUGCAUAUGUAGCAGAUAUAACUCAAGAACAUGAAAGAAGCAUGGCUUAUGGGCUGGUUUCAGCAACUUUUGCUGCAAGUUUAGUAACUAGUCCUGCGAUUGGUGCCUACCUUGGACGAGCAUAUGGGGACAGCUUAGUGGUGGUCCUCGCUACAGCCAUAGCUUUGCUAGAUAUCUGUUUUAUUCUUGUUGCUGUGCCAGAAUCAUUGCCAGAAAAGAUGAGGCCAGCAUCUUGGGGAGCACCCAUUUCUUGGGAACAGGCAGAUCCUUUUGCAUCCUUAAAGAAAGUGGGCCAAGAUCCUGUAGUGCUGCUAAUUUGCAUAACAGUGUUUCUCUCUUACCUACCGGAGGCAGGCCAAUAUUCCAGCUUCUUUCUAUAUCUCAGACAGAUAAUGAGAUUUUCACCUGAAAGUGUUGCAGCCUUUAUAGCUGUCCUUGGGAUUCUUUCCAUUAUUGCACAGACUAUAGUAUUGAGUUUACUUAUGAGGUCAAUUGGAAACAAGAAUACCAUCUUACUGGGUCUAGGAUUUCAAAUAUUGCAGCUGGCAUGGUACGGCUUCGGUUCAGAGCCUUGGAUGAUGUGGGCUGCUGGAGCAGUAGCAGCCAUGUCCAGUAUUACCUUCCCAGCUGUCAGUGCACUUGUUUCACGGACUGCUGAUGCUGAUCAACAGGGUGUUGUUCAAGGAAUGAUAACAGGAAUUCGAGGAUUGUGUAAUGGGUUGGGACCAGCUCUUUAUGGAUUUAUAUUCUACAUAUUCCACGUGGAACUGAAUGAACUACAAAUAACAGAAGCAGAUUUAGGAACAAGCCAAGCUCCUCAGCAUCACACCCAAGAGAAUUCUAUCAUUCCUGGUCCCCCAUUUCUUUUUGGAGCCUGCUCUGUUCUCCUGGCUCUACUUGUUGCCUUGUUUAUCCCAGAACAUACCAACUUAAACGUAAGAGCUGGCAGCUGGAAAAAACAUUGUGGUGGUCAUAGCCAUCCUCAUAGUCCACAGGCUCCCGGAGAAGCCAAAGAACCAUUGCUGCAGGACACAAAUGUAUGACAGCAGGUAUCGGGGAAAAAAUUUGUCAGCUCCUAGUUCUUGGUUUUUCACCUGCAGUUCUGGAUGCAUAUCCAUUUUCAUCCAAAUUUCAUUUCAUAUGGUUGUCUUAAAGUUAUCUGCAUGAAAAAUAGAACCGAACAGUUCUCCAAAGAUGUCAUUUUUUAAAAAAAUGUCUCAUUUGACACCAAUCAUCAUUUGCUACUAAACUUUAUUCUAAAGCCUUAAAGUUUAGUUCUGGAAAAAAGGGAAGUUAUCUAUAAUCUCCAUGGCAUAAAUGCCUUUGCAUCCAUUUCCUUAAGGUGUUGAGUUUUAAAUUCUAUUUAUGCCGAGUCUCAGUGAGACAAUAGUAGGUAGCAUAAUUGUAGACCCAAUUAUUUUAAUGUUAUAAAAUCUUGGGUUGAGUAAUUCAAAGCCUUAUGCACUAAGGAAAAGUUUUGCAUUUUUUUAAAGUUUUUUUUUUAAAUUUUAUUUUUUACUAAAUACAGAAUCAUGUUUUAAGCUUGCUUGCAGAACAGUAAUUUUUAAAAGAAAUAUAUAAAUGCAUUGGGGGGUAAUGGGGGAAUUGUAUGAAGUAGUUAUCAGACCAUUUGGUAUUUAAAUGGGUGGGUGUUUAGGGCCUCCAAGACUUGACUGGCUCAAGCACAGCUUUCCAAAAAGUUUUCAUAUACCACUGUCGUUUUGAUGUUUGCAUAAUCACAAGGACCUCAACACUUGAAUACAGAAAAUAUAAAUUAUACAAUAAAUGACUGAUAGUCUUGAAAGUGUCAAUGUGAUAUCUUUGUAUAGAUAUAGUGGCCUUUCAGGAUUGUCACAGUAACACUUUACAAAGCUAAUGCUUGUCCUAAAUUUUCAGGACCCUAGAAGAGAGCUUUAUAUAAUAAUUACUGAUGUGAAUUUCUCUAAAGUGUAUAUUUUUGUGUCCAGUUAUUUAAGAAAUGUUACUUUGUAUAAAUUGUGUAUAAAAUAUUGUAUAGUUUAAAAUGUU